UCUCCUUAGCAACCGAUUAAUCUAAUUAAUUUAUCGUAAUUAUCUAAGUCUUCUGCUCAGCAGAAUAUAGGGUUCCGGAUUUACUCACAUAGUUCUACAAUCUUCUUCAAGCUUCUGUUGUCUCCUUCCUGCAAGUUAGCAAGUACUCGAGGCCCAAGACAAACUCUGUUAUGGCCCAAUGAAGAAAUUAGGGGCUGUGGUCCAAGUAUAUAAAUGACCGAUGGGCCCAUUUGUCUAAUGGAUACAUGUCCACAUACGACUCUGUUUGUUGCCUAACUAAGCAUCACAACCUUGUCAUUCUAUUGAUUGCUCGCAAUACAAAUGCAAAAAUAAUCAUUAAUUGCCAAGUGCCAAAUACAAUAACCCCAUACCCCCUAAAUCUCACCCACCCCGCUAAGUCAAAGAUUUAGUUAGUUGACUACAAUUAAUUAUCUCAAUAGCAUCCUCUAAAUUUGCUGAACAACAUAUAGGGUUCCAAUUUACUAGUUUUUCUUUAGUUCUGAAUCCUUCUCCGAGCAAAUGGAGGCACUUCAGAAGACUAGUGAAAGGCAAACGGCAGAACCUAAGCUUGAAGAAAUGAACCAACCUGUUCAAGGGGACAGCUCCAGCACCCCUGCUAACCUUCCUUUGAAGCGAAGAAGGGGUCGCCCUCGUAAGGAUCCUAGCUUGAAGCGUGUUGUUCGUGCUCAGGUUCCUCCACCUUUUGAAUUAGUGCAAGAGAUCCAACAAGUAAACAGAAAUGAUGGUAUGAUUGGUCAGGCUGUAACAGGUGUUGUUGAGUCUGCAUUUGAUGCUGGUUAUUUGCUCAAUGUUAGAAUUGGUGACUCCAAUACGAACUACAGGGGUGUAGUUUUUAAGCCAGGACAUUAUAUUCCUGUCACAGCUGCAAAUGAUGUCGCCCCACAUCUUGAGAUGCUCAGAAGAAAUGAGGUUCGUCCUCCGGCUGUAAACCAGCUUCAGGCGUAUGGCCCUAGGGCUGAGCGCAAUGGAUCAGUUAAGCUUGGAUCUAGGUCCUCAAAAAGCAAACAGGUAAUAAUGCAUCCCUCAGUCCCUCCAGUGGGUGUCAGAGGCACAGUAGUUCCUGUUGUGCUACAACCUGUCAAUUUAACAAAUGGACUAGCAUCUAGUCAAAGCUCUGCAUCCCAAGCUUCAAACAGGGAGUCUAUAAGGGAGAAAGAUGUUCAGAUGGUUAAGCCAUUGGCUAUGCUGCCACCUGAUGGACCAGUAACCCCUGGACAGCUACCACCAGAACCAACUCGUGAAAUACUUGCUUCACAAGCUCAAGUUGGCAACAAAGUAGCAAUAGGUACUGGGCAGAAUGAAGGCUAUCUUAGCAAGGGAGGAGAAGCUGUCAAAGAGGAAAAGGCGCAGCCAGCUGCAUCAACCAACAUAGCAAUACCUGUUGCAGUGGCCUACGUGUCUCAAGGAUCUGGGCUGGCAAAAGAAGAUACUGGAAACAAUGAGGCCUCUAACAAGUUGCCAGCUGAACAUUCACCUGUGAUACCCAAACUAGAUACUGUGAAUCAGGUUCCCUCAGCAAAACCAAGUGAACCAGCAAUCCCCACUCUUCCUACCCAGGCUACAUCUGUUCCUAAGCUGCUGAUGAACUAUGGUACUGGCAGGAUGACCGAACUUCUACAGGCUGUGCAGGAAAAUCUGAAGGAGAACCAGCUGCUUCGUACUGGAGAAUCAGGACUUGGUGUGAUGAAGACUCCAGCAACUGAUGGCAGUAUGGAGGAGACUAGCAUUCAGUAGCAUAGCAGGAACAUCCGCAUAUUCUCAUCUCUGAAACUCACAUCCCGUAGACUCUGGCAGACUGUAUAGUCAAUAGUGAUACUAAUGUCUCAAAAUAGCUCCUGGUUGGCAUUAGCCAAACCUUGAGAAGCUUAUCUUUAUAUGUUUAUCAGUUCAGAUUAAAAUCUUGCAUAGACGUAAACGUUUAUGGAAACUGUUUAUAACGGUGGAUUAUACUUUCCGUUCUUAUAUCUGCUUUGCAAUCGUA